AUGAAGGUCAGAAAGAAGCAGUCGAAGAGAACGUCCACGAGGAUGAGAGAAGGGAUCAAAAAGAAGGCCGCCGCUCAACACCGGAAAGAGAGAAAGCAGGCUAAGAAGGACGUUACGUGGAAGUCGAAUAAGAAGGAUCCCGGUAUUCCAGCCAGUUUUCCUUAUAAAGGAAAGAUUCUAGAGGCUAUUGAAACUCGGAGACAACAGGAACUAGAAGACAAGGAGGCUAAGAGGCAGGAAAGGCUCAACGCCAAGAGACAGGCGGUGGAAAACGGAGAAGUUUCUAUGGAUGACGACAUGGAUGCAGAACACGAUGAAGGUAGUAAUGGUUUGGCAGCUCUUAUGGAGUCUGCACAACAGGCGGCUGCAGAGUACAAUAAUGGAGUAGGCCAGCAUGCACCUGAGCAGCAAGACGAAGAACCACAUGACGUUGUGGAGUAUGACAUCGACUUCUAUGCCAAUGAUGAUGAUGACGAAGAUGCUGAGGUCUCCAGUUCUGAACUAGACAAAUCUAGAAAGGCAUACGACAAGAUCUUCAAGACCGUCGUUGACGCCUCCGAUGUAGUUCUGUAUGUUCUUGAUGCCCGCGAUCCCGAGGGUACCCGUUCCAGGAAAGUAGAAGAAGCAGUUCUCCAGAGUCAGGGCAAGAGACUCAUUUUGAUUCUGAACAAAAUUGACUUGGUCCCUCCUUUCGUAUUAGAGCAGUGGAUGGCAUUUUUAAAGUCCAGUUUUCCUACGAUUCCCCUGAGAGCGGCGCCUGGGGCUACCAACGCUUCCUCAUUCAACAAAAAGCUUACACAAAGCGGUACCGCUAGUGCACUACUAGAGAGUUUGAAGACGUACGCGAACAACUCCAAUUUCAAGAGGUCGAUUGUUGUUGGUGUUAUUGGGUAUCCCAACGUUGGCAAGUCUUCGGUUAUUAAUGCGUUGACCUCUCGUAGAGGAGGAUUUUCAAAAGUUUGUCCUGUUGGUAACCAAGCUGGUGUAACUACCUCGUUGCGUGAGGUGAAGAUUGACAAUAAACUAAAGAUUUUGGACUCUCCAGGUAUAUGCUUCCCAAGUGAAACUGGAAAGAAAUCCAGGAAAGAACAGGAAGCCGAGCUGGCACUUCUCAACGCCCUCCCUCCUAAGUACAUUGUCGACCCGUAUCCUGCUAUUCUUAUGAUGGUUAAAAGACUGUCGAAAUCGGAAGAAAUGACUGAGGCUUUCAAAAAGCUUUAUGAGCUACCUCCAAUUCCAGCAAGUGACGCCGACACAUUUACCAAACAUUUUCUCAUUCACGUCGCUCGUAAGAGGGGUAGGAUUGGUAAAGGUGGUGUCCCAAAUUUAAGCAGUGCCGGUAUAUCGGUACUAAACGACUGGAGAGAUGGCAAAAUUCUAGGCUGGGUUUUGCCAAACUCCUCAAAGGAUACGGCCACGAAAGCAGCUUCUCAGGUGAAAGGUGCAACUUCUACUCAACUUAAGAAGACCGAACAAACUGCCAUUGUUAAUGAGUGGUCUAAAGAGUUUGACCUAGACGGUUUGUUUGCAUCUUUAGAUAAUGCCAUAGCUGCUGACGAUACUGACAUGAAUUAG